CCCUCCACCCCCGGCCUUUUCCUUUUCCUUUCUCACCUCUAGCUGUUCUUCUGUCUCUAUUUUUGCAGCUAGAAGUCGAGGCCGUGCACCAUGACGCUCUUUAUCCUGACGGAAACCAGCGCGGGCUAUGCCCUGCUCAAGGCCAAGGACAAGAAGCUGUUGAAGAGAGAUGAUCUGGCCACCGAGGCCUCCACGGCUGAGGGCGUCUCCAACCUUCUCAAGUUGAAGAGCUUCCAGAAGUUCGACAGCGCUGCUACCGCCCUGGAGGAGGUCGCUUCCCUCGUUGAAGGAAAGGUCACUCCUCGUCUGGCCAGCCUCUUGGACGAGGUCAAGGAUGAGAAGAAGGUGUCGCUGGCGGUCUCCGACCCCAAGCUCGGCAAUGCCAUUGGCAAGCUUCCCGGACUCUCCAUCGAGCUGGUGGCCGACUCUUCUACGACCGACGUCUACCGUGCCAUCCGUGAACACCUGCCCACCCUCAUUCCCGGCCUUCUUCCCCAGGACAUGUCCACCAUGUCCCUGGGUCUCUCCCACUCUCUCGCUAGACACAAGCUCAAGUUCUCCCCCGAUAAAAUUGACACCAUGAUUGUGCAGGCCAUUGGUCUGUUGGAUGAUUUGGAUAAGGAGCUUAACAACUACGCCAUGCGUGUGAAGGAAUGGUACGGCUGGCACUUCCCCGAGCUGGCGAAGAUCCUGAACGACAACAUCGCCUACGCCAGACUCGUCCUUAAGAUGGGCAUGCGUACCAACUGGGAGACCGCCGAUCUCGCCGAGAUCCUUCCCGAGGAGAUUGAGGGCUCCGUUAAGGCCGCUGCGGACCGUUCCAUGGGUACCGAGAUCAGCCAGGAGGAUCUGGAACACAUUCAAGCCUUGGCCGAGCAGGUCGUUGGCUUCGCCGAAUACCGUCAACAACUGGCCGGCUACCUCACCGCCCGUAUGAACGCCAUCGCCCCUAACCUGACUGCCCUCGUUGGCGAUCUGGUCGGUGCCCGUCUUAUUGCCCACGCUGGUAGCUUGACCAACCUGUCCAAGAGCCCUGCCAGUACCAUCCAGAUCCUGGGUGCCGAGAAGGCGCUGUUCCGUGCUCUCAAGACCAAGCACGACACUCCCAAGUACGGUCUGAUCUACCACGCUUCCCUCAUCGGUCAGGCCACCGGCAAGAACAAGGGUAAGAUGGCCAGAGUUUUGGCCGCCAAGGCUUCCCUUGGUCUGCGUGUGGAUGCUCUCGCUGAGUGGGAUGACGAUGCUACCGAGGAGGACAAGGCUGCUCUGGGUACGGAGGCCCGCUACAACCUCGAGAGGAAGCUUGCUGCCAUGGAGGGCAAGCCUCUCAAGCCUCGUGGUGUUGCCAUUGGCCCCGGUGGUGCUGCUCAGCCCCAGAAGUUCGAACUCAACGAGGCCCGCAGAUACAACGCUGAUGCCGAUGCCGUGACGGGCGAUGAGCCCGUCUCCGCCAAGAAGAGCAAGAGCAAGAAGCUCGUGGAGGAGGUUCAGGAUGAGGAGAUGGCUGAUGCCGACUCUGACGCCGAGGACGAGUCCGACUCCGACGAGGAAACCGACAAGAAGCACAAGUCCAAGAAGAGCAAGGACUCGGACCUCGAGAAGAUGGCCGAGAAGGCCGGUCUGAGCGUCAAGCGGUACCAGCGCAAGCUCGAGCGCGGCGAGAUCCAGUUCGACGCGGAGGGCAACCCCAGCUCGAUCAGCAAGAAGGACAUCAAGAAGGCCAAGAAGGAGUCCAAGAAGUCCGCCAAGGGCGAGGAGAAGAAGCGCAAGCGCUCAGACGACGGCGAGGAGGUCGAUAACGCCGAGAAGAAAAAGAAGAAGAAGAAGAAGGGUGAGGAGUAAAAAAAGGAAGUCAAAAAGUUAAACCUGAUGGAAUGCUUCAAAUAUUUCUGUAUGAUAUCACACCAUGUGGGCUGAUUUUUUUUCUUUCUUUCUCUUUGCUUAUUUUUGCUUGAAGAUUACUACA